AUGACAGAGUCAAGCCACCUCUCGCUUCCAAUCCGACUCAUUACGCUGAACAUUCGGUACGCCACUGAGAGCCCCGUCCCAGGAGAGGAAACAUGGCAGAUUCGUUGUCCAAGGCUUUGUGCACAGCUCAAGUUCCUUACUUCUGGACAUGACUCCGCAUUUGUCUGUCUUCAAGAAGUUUUGCAUUCUCAGCUCACCGACAUUCAAGAGCGCCUAGGUCUGUCAUGGGAUCAUACCGGGAAUGGACGGGAGGAUGGCGACCGGGCCGGAGAAUAUUCGCCAAUCUUCUACCGAGCGGAUCGCUGGGAGUGCGAGCGCAGCAGGACGUUCUGGCUCUCUCCGACUCCGCAUGUACCAUCAAGAGGCUGGGAUGCUGCUCUGAAGCGGAUCGUCACCGUGGGCUCGUUUUGCCAUCGGGAUACAGGGACUGUUGUUGUCCUCAUGAGCACUCAUCUUGACCAUAGAGGCGUGCUUGCACGCGAAGAGAGCUCCCGCCUCCUACUCACGCUCGCCAAAAGCUGGACUGAGAUAGCCGACUCUGCACCACACCCUUCGCUGUUUCUCGGUGGCGACUUCAACAGCACUCCAACCGGCAAAGCCUACAAGAUCUUGACCGAGCCGGGCUCCAGGAUGAGCGAUAUUUCCCGGCUUGUGGCGGAAGAUGCAAAGUACGGCAACCGGGAAAUAACGUACACGUCUUUUGGAGAACCGAAUUCGCGACCAGCACGGAUAGACUUCCUUUUCGUACGAGACGCCGCGAGACUUCGUUUUUCGACUUUCGGCAUCCCCUCCAACAAGUUUGAUGAUGAAGUUUAUCUCUCAGAUCACCGGCCCGUGGUCGCAGACAUAGAGGUACCGGUCAAGCCGGCCAUCUGA